AUGGCGUCCGCUCAACUAGAGAAGCCGGGCGAAGUGGUGUCUGCCGGCCCCAUCCUCACCCAAGAGUCUCUCAGCCGAAAAGAGCAGUCCCAAAUCCUGGGCAUUGACGAAAAGGCCGGCGCCAAUCUUGACGUCGACGUCGAGUCCAAGGAGGACCUCACCAACGGCAAGGCCCAGUAUACCCUCACCAACGAGAACGGCGAGGAAGAGGUUGUCGACGAAGAUGACCCCAGAAUCAAGGACAUCCCGCAAUAUGUGAGGCGCAUUGUCAGCUUCACUGACGAUCCCACUGAACCGACCUUGACCUUUCGAUACUUUCUCCUUACCAUCCUCUUUGUCGCCCCCGGAGCCUUCCUGUCACAGAUGGCCCACUUCCGAACAACCUAUGCUCCCUAUUCUGUCUUCUUUGUCCAGAUCGCUUCCAACUACGUCGGCGUGUGGCUCGCCAAGGUCCUGCCGGCUUGGUGGAUUGGAAUCCCCGGAUCCAAAUGGGGUUUCAGCCUCAACCCGGGUCCUUUCAGCACCAAGGAGCAUGUCUUGAUCACCAUUUCUGCAGCAUCUGGUGCCACUUACAACCUGGGCUAUACCCCCAUUGCCAUGUCUGAGCUGUACUUUGGCCAGCCUGUCAACGGUGCAGUGGCCGUCUUCUUCAUGCUGGGCAUUACCUGGACGGGCUACUCAUAUGCCGCCUUGGCACGGCAGUUCCUGAUCUACGACCCGCAGUACCCCUGGUUCCAGUCCAUUUGCCAGGCCGCCCUAUUUGAGACCCAGAAGAAGCAGCGCGAACACCCAAACCGUGCGUCUCGCAAGCAGAUGGUGGUCUUCUUCUCCGUCAUGGGCGGUAUCAUCCUGUGGCAAUUCCUGCCCGAAUACGUCUUCCCUUUCCUCGGCUCCCUGGCUUUCCUUUGCUGGGUUGCGCCGCACAACAAGACGGCCAACUUUAUCGGUUCUGGAUUCGGUGGUAUGGGAUUCUUGAACUUGUCUCUUGACUGGUCCAGUAUUUCCAACGGCGGCAGUCUCUUCCUGACCCCCUGGUGGACGCAGGUCAUUCUUUUUGCUGCAUUUGUCUUCAACUGUUGGGUCCUGCUCCCUGCUUCCAAGUUUGGUAAUCUGGGAGAGUGGAGGCACAACUUGAUGUCGAACCGCGUCUUUCUGCAAAACGGAACUUCCUAUCCUUUGACCGAACUCCUAACUGCCGACUCUAAACUCAACCACACCGCAUACGAGCAGUACGGAGAGUUAUACGUUGGCACUCAACAGCUGUGGAGUAACUUUUUCGAUAUCGCCUCCUACUCUUCGGCCCUCGUUUGGAUGCUGCUCUUUGGCUGGCCUCAGAUCAAAGAGAGCUUCAAGAAGCUCAGAGAGCGCACGGCAGUCAAGGGCUCUGGCAAGAUUACCGAGCAGUACAAGGAUCAGCUCAACAUCUUGCAGCGACCAUAUGACGAGAUUCCCUGGUGGUGGUUUGGCGCCUUGUUCCUGGUCUCGUUUGUCAUGCUCAUCGCCAUCGUCGGCAAGAAUCUAAUGUUCAUUCCCGUGUGGACCUAUUUCGUAGCCAUCAUCACGGGAGCUCUGGUUGUCGUGCCGCUGGGCUGGCUGUAUGCUCUGUCCAACUACCAACUGCCCAUCGGAACAACCAACGAGCUCUUAUACGGUGCCAUGGUCAACGGCAUAUCUGGAUUCAAGAAUCCCUGUGGUGCUUCGACCUACGGAGCCAUUGCGGGAGACGCCUGGUAUCGUGCACAGCUCAACCUCCAAGACAUGAAGAUCGGCCACUACAUGCAUGUGCCACCCAAGGCCGUCUUCUUCUCGCAAGUCUUUGGUUCGGCCAUUGGUAUCCCCAUUGACUAUGCAGUCAUUCGAUGGGUCCUCGACACCAAGAGCGACUAUCUCUCUGGCGCCAAGGAAGAUCCCACUCACCAGUGGACUGGUCAGUCGCUCGCCUCAUCUCUGACAUCGGGUGUCCAGUAUGUGCUUGUCGGCCCCAGCCGUCUUUUCAAGCAGGACAUUUACAAGCCUGUUCCCUACGGCUAUCUCGUCGGCGCCGUGUGCCCCAUCAUCAUCUUCGGCCUGCACAAGAUGUUCCCCCGGGCCAAGUUCCAGCUUUGGAACACCACCAUCUUCUUCUCCGCCAUGUCCAUCUUCUACGGCAACCUCAGCACGGGCUACACGUCGAGCUUCAUCGGAGGCUUCGUGGUCAUGUUCCUGGCGUUCCGAUACCGCUACGACCUGUGGGCGCGGUGGAACUACAUUCUGGCGGCGGCCUUUGAUGCUGGCUUCAACUUCAACAUGCUGCUCAUCUUCCUGUGCUUUGGCGCGGGCAAGAUCAUUACGAUGCCAAACUGGUGGGGGAAUAACGCGGACAGCAGCGAGCGCUGCUUUGCACUGAGCGAUGAUUGA